AAAACUUUCUCCUCAUUUGAUGUGGAAUAUUUUGAAUCACAUUCAUAUUUAUUUUGUGCUGAUACCAGCCAGAAGACUUCGUUAAUGGUUCUUUUUAUGUGUCUGUCAAUUACGAAAAGGGUGGGAUUCUGGACCUUUAUUUUGGAAAGAAAGGGAACGGGCCAAUCCAAAACACCCACACUUGUUUGACAGUAGCCAGGUGUUGUGCAACACCGGCAAAAGGGUGAAAAGGCAGGCUUACACAAGGAGUGGGCUUUGCCUUAACAUACAUGACACCUGUCUGGGUUAGGAGUCCUUGUUGGGAUGUCGUUGCUGUCUUGGUAGCGCAUAUCAUCCCCUUUUAUCCUCAGACAUCUUUGGUUCAGACCCUCUAGAAGUUCAUUUUUCUCUUGUCUUUACAUCACUCCACCAAAUCUAGUCAACUUAUUUGUUGUGACAAAUUAAAGCACGAAUCAUCUUGAUUUAAUAAAACCCUCUUUACCUUCAUCACUAAGCUACAAUGGAUUUUGGUGUGGAGAACUCACGGGAAACCUCUGAUAGCAGGGAAUCAGGUACUGCAGAUCUCGAGAUGACCGCAGAGGCUCAGAGACCCACAUGGAGCGGCCGGCUGGAGUUCAUCCUGUCCACGGUGGGUUACGCCGUGGGACUCGGUAAUGUUUGGAGAUUCCCGUACCUGUGCUACAACAGCGGUGGAGGUGCCUUCCUGAUUCCUUAUCUUACCAUGGUGCUCGUGUGUGGCAUUCCUCUGCUCUUCAUGGAGUUUACUGUUGGGCAGUAUACUCGUUUAGGGCCUGUGCAUGCUUUCGCCAAAAUCUGUCCCUUGUUGAAAGGUGUUGGUCUGGCCACAGUUGUUAUCUCCUUCGUUUUCUGCACCUAUUAUAAUGUGCUCAUGAGCUGGGCACUUUACUAGUUAUUCAACUCCUUCGGAAUGGAGACUCUGCCCUGGAAGUCCUGCAACAACACCUGGAAUGCUGUUGGAAAUUGUUCGAGUGGCUUUCCUGGCAAUGAUACCCACCUGCAGUCUGCUAGCCAACAGUUCUUUGAAAACAGACUUCUGGAAAAGACUCGCGGUAUUGAAGAAUUAGGUGGUCUUCGUUGGGAACUCUUUGGGUGUCUUGUCUUUGCUUGGGUUAUUGUGUACUUAUGUAUAUUUAAAGGAGUUAAAUCCACAGGAAAGGUAGUAUAUUUCACUGCUGUGUUUCCAUACUUCAUCCUGUUUGCCCUGCUCAUCAACAAUGUGCAGCUUCCUGGAGCCAAGAAUGGUAUCCUCUAUUUUGUCACACCGGUGUGGAGCAAACUGUUUGAAGUGAAGGUUUGGCUUAAUGCAGCUGGCCAGGUGUUUAACUCACUUGGAAUAGCAUUUGGCUCGAUGAUUUCAAUGGCAAGUUACAACAAGUUCAACAACAACAUUCUCAGGGAUGCAUUGAUUGUAUCAGUGGCCAACUCUUUCACUAGUAUCCUGGCUGGCUUCGUGAUCUUCUCAGCUGUCGGUUACAUGUCUCAUAUACAUAACCUCCCAGUGGACAACAUAGCUACAGAUGGUGCUGGUUUGGUGUUUGUUGUGUACCCUGAAGUUCUUUCAACCAUGCCAGUCUUUCAGCUAUGGGCCCCACUUUUCUUUAUCAUGCUGUUGUGUCUGGGCGUGGACAGUCAGUUUGCCACAGUUGAGGUAGCUGUGACAUACAUAAAGGAUGAAUUUGGAGUCAAAGUUCUGCCGUUCCUGAAGAGAGAAGAGCUGCUGGUCCUGGCUGUGUGCUUUGUUUGCUUUGUACUGGGGAUUCCUCACAUUACCAAGGGAGGUAUCUACGUGUUUCAGCUGAUGGACCACUACACUGCUGUGGUUUCUCUUGUGUUCUUGGCUUUCUUUGAGGUUGUUGCCAUCUGUUGGAUCUUUGGUAUCCCACGUAUCUCCUUAAUGAUCAGGAGGAUGCUAGGAAAAAGUCCAAAUAUCUACUUCCGAGUCUGCUGGCUGCUGCUCUGCCCCAUGUUGGUGCUGUGCAUACUGGUUUCCAGCAUUAUUCAGUACACUCCUCCUCACUAUGGGAAGUACGAGUACCCAGUGUGGGCUGAAUGGGUUGGCUGGGGCGUCUCUUUGGUCUCUAUAGUAUGGAUCCCAUUUGGUGCAAUACAAGAGAUCUAUAACAAUAAAGGAUCCCUUCUUCAGAGACUGAAAACAGCUAUGACUCCGACAAUAGACCUGAAUGUUAUGGCUCACCUGCCGGAAAAACAAAACCUUGACAACCUGGCGUCUGAAAAAUUACUCAGUUCGGUGCCACCUCUGACACAUUGACCACAUACAAGGCCUGGAAUAAGCAGACUUUGGGCCAUUUCUAUUAUAAUCCCAGUUACAUCCAAAGAGCUGUUGUUAUCUCAAACUCUGCAUUUAUACUUUAACAACUCGAGCCACUUAACCUGUAGGCGACUUCAAAACCAUACAGUAAGUCACCCAUUGCACCUUUUACAAAGAAUGCAACUAAAAUCUGUGGCUUUGUUCGCCAGAUGAAUUUUAAAAUUAUUUUAUUUUGGGUAGGAGUGGCUGAGGAGCGAGUAAUUGUUUAAAACAAUUGGUUCAUUAUGCUGUAAGGUUCAUUAUAUACAUCAGUGAGUCUGUGGGGUUAAAGAGUGUAUAAUGGAUCUAUCGUAGAUGCAGCCUUUUAGCCUUUUAGGUCACUACAUUUAUGAGUUGAAUACUUAAUACUUAAUUUUAAAUCAACAAAAGAAAUGGGUUUGAAAAGGCUUGGUCCAAUGAACAGGAAGCAGACAUAUUCCUCCUACAAAUAUGAAAGCAGAAAAAUACAGGUUCUAUAGAUGUGUGACAGAUGUGAUCUGGUCAGCGGAUUAGUAGGUUACACCUGGACAUCCUAUAGUCUGCAGGCCAAAUUUGACCCCUUGGUUCUCCCUGUCGAGCCUGUGAGAGUUUAAGGAGAAUUUAGGAUUCAAAGGUGAAAAAGUAUAAAUCACGCAGUUUGUCCCAUUUCAUCCAACAAACAGAGAAUGGCUUACAGUUUUUUCUUUUACAAAAUUUGUUAAUUUUAUUUUGAAAGGAAUAUUCUUUAAAAAAUUAUAUUUGAUGCAGAAUAUAGGUUUUUUUUAACGAGACCUGGAUUUGUAAAUAUUUAUUUACUGAAGUCAGAGGUAAAGCUGCAUGCGUUGGUGGUGAGAGCAUAUUGCUGUGUUUAAGGUUUACAAAGCAUUUGCAAAUACAAGCACAUGACUGAUGCAGAGACAUCUGAGCCUUUUAGCAAAGUUUGGAGAGUUGCUGCGCUAAUAUUUCCUAAUAAUAAAAAGAAGCGGACCCAAAUGCAAGAUGCAGGAGGUAGGAGUCAAACUUAAAAAUGAGUAUUUAAUGCAGGUCGAUCAGGAAAAUGUACAAAGUCAAAAACUCCAAAGAGUGAGUCAGGGAAUGCAAAAGGCAAGAAAUAUACAGAGUGAGGGAACGCACAGCUCACACAGGUAAUGUGUCAUAGGAGGACUGAAAAAAUAUAUACAGAAGGUAUAGGUUGGGAACACAGACUGGAGGAAAGCUACAAUUAAUAUAAAGCACAGAGAGCAAUAGCUACCAAAAUAAAACAGGAAGUAAGACACGUUGGACAGAGAAAUAAGAUUAACUUGACACAAGAGACACUGAAGGACAAAAAAGGGUGCUAACAAAAUACCUGAAAGUCACAGUAACUAAAUUGAACUGGCAGCACUGCACAGAAUGAAAGGGACUAUGACAGUGGCACAUGGAGUAACUCCAUGCUUGGAUAGGCUGGAGCUGAGGUGGUAUUUUGCACCAACAUAUUUUGGUGAGCACUGACUUAAACAACACCAAGAGAUGUUGCAAAAAAUUAACCAUUUUGUUGAUAUUUUAACUCAAAUAGUUAACUUCAUCAGGGCAAGAGUACUGAAUCACUGACUGUUUGUUGCACUAUUGGAGGAGAGGUGACAUAGGCUACCACAGCUGUCAGGUGACUCAGCCGGGGCAAAGUGCUAAAACAAAUGUAGGACCUGAGAGCAGAAAUUUUAGUUUUAUGAAGAAAGGCGAGGGCGUUCCAGAGCUCUAAGAUGCAGGUCUUGCAUUUGGCAUUGAUGAGGCAGUCCUUCACAUUUAAAUUAAAAAAAUGCGGUGAAAAAGCAGCAGAAAAUGCACAUGCAGAGGAAUUCACAGCACUGAAGAGGCCAGUCACAACAGCUGUGCUGAUGUCAAGUCUAGUCACGUUUCCAGCGAGGCACACGUAAAGUUAUUGUGUUAGGGUUUCAGUGGGGUUUGUAGACAGAAGUCUAACUCAACUGUCAGCCACUGACCCUGACUUUAAUGCACUUGAGAAGACCAAAACAGACUAGAUUAAUCUUACUGAUCAAGACAAAAGAAGAUGAAGUAUUAAACUACAACCAAAGUAGAAAUAUCACUCUGUUUGAAGUGGACAUUUUGCAGAAACGUGCCAUUUUUUGCAAUUAUUUUGUGUGGCCAUCCACAGUCCCACUCCUGUAGCCCCUUGAGAAAAUGUAUUGCCUACCUCUGCUAUAAAGGAUAAGCUGGUCUAACCAUGAGAGGAAGGUUUGAUUAUAUUUUUAACCAAACUGAAGCUGGCAACCCACAAGAGUUUAGACGUUAUAAGUGGGGCCUUUGAGCUAGUGCUAUAAACAGAAUCUAGGUAACAAGUCUAUAAUAACUUCAGUGGGGAAGGACUUAUUUGGUAACUCAAGUUGGUUGUGUUUUGACCCCAAAACAGCUGAUAAUUUAUGACUUUUAUUUCUAUUUUUUUCUUGAAGGAGAAGCCAAAAAUUUCCGUUUACUAGAAAUUUAUCUUUAAGCUUUAUCUCUAAGAUUGCACUGUAGUGGAAAGUACAGUUUUUAAUGUCUGAUCCAGGGUCUCUAGAGCACAGUCUAAAUGUAAUUAACAUGGUUCAGCCAGUGCUGGAACUUUAAGCCUUGAUUUAACUCUGUGAGGUCUCAGUCAUGACCUUAUGUUCAGUCCUGUGUUCUGGAGACGUUCUGUGCUAAAAAUAUUUUGGUUUGUCAGUUAUAAUGUUCACUUUUUCGUCCUGAUUGACAGAACUUGGGAGAACAAUUUUAAAAAAUGAAAUAAAUAACAGCAACACUGAUAA